ACUAUUUUGAAUAUUUUACGUAAUGAUGUGGGGUUGCCAUAUACAGUAACAAGAUUUAUUAUUAUUAUAUUACACUGAGUUAUUCGAUUGAACGUAGUUAAAGACGCAUUCCGAUGAGAGUUGCUGAUCAGCAUUCUCGAUGCAUUAAUAAUCGAUCUCACCCACGUUCCUGUACUUCAGAAUGCAGACAACGUGACAAGGAUCUGGAAGAAGCUCGUUCACGUGCUACUCAACUUGAAAAAACGAUGAGAUGGUGGUCAGAUUGUACAGCUAGCUGGAGAGAAAAAUGGGCAUCGUUACGUGACGAGAGAAAUUAUCUACGAGAGAAAUUGAGUUCAACACAAAAAUCUUUAGAUGAUGCAACGGAAAUUAUAGAGACGUUAAAAUUGGAAAAACAACAAUUACUUGAAGAUUUUUAUCCAUCGAAUAAUCAACUUCAUAAAUAUAAUUCUAUUUCAACUAUGAAAUCUACCAUUAAUCCAAUUUGUUCAAUGAAACAAGAAACUAGUCAAUCAGGAAUAACAGAAUCGAAUGCAGAUCAAGAUAUGUGCGCUAUUGAAAAACGAAACAGAUCAAAAGAUAUUGGAAGUCAGUCAACUGGAUUUUCACAUAAUAAUCAACCUAUAAGAACACAAUUACUGGAAUUGUCUUCAACAAUCCGUUGGUGGAAGAAUCAAUGUAUGAAUUUAGAACAGGAGAUUCACCAUCUGUUUGAAUCGAAUACUAAACAUUGGUCGAAGUGUAAAAUUUUAUCGCAUAAAAAUUUUCUACUUUUGCAAGAAAAUGAUCUUUUAAGAAAAGAAAUUUCUAAUCUAUGGUGUAUUCGAGAUAAUCAACAUGAUGAACGCACUGAUCCGAUUUCUUGUACAAAUAAUUAUGGACCACAAGCAUCAAAUGAAAACAUUGAGUGUGGUACAUGCAAACAAAAUAUUGAAAAUAGAGAAACAUCAGUCGAGGAUUUAUUAUUACAAUUAUCUGAAAGAGAUUGUCAGCUAGAUUUAUUACAGCGUCGUUUAUCUUUUAUGUUACACGAACGUAGUGUACUUUGUCAUCAAUUAGAAGAAAUGAGUAUAGGAAAAGAUAAAUCCGAAUAUAAAACAUAUCUUACUGCCAAGAAUAUAAAAACGCAUUUCAUUGAAAAUAUUGAAACAUUAAAAGAUGAUUAUUCAAAAUACUCUUAUAGUUUAUCCAUAAUGUGCAAGUAUUUCAUUCGGAUUACAGACGAUUGUGAUAAUCUGAUUAAUUCAAUUAAAAAGAUAAGUUAGUUACAUCAAAUCGCGAUCUGUCCAAAGCAGUUCGUUAUUACUCAUAAAAUCCAAUUCGACUGACUUUAUUCCUUAUCAGUGAAUACCAUCAUUUCUAUAUAACACUUAUAAACGUAAUAGUAAAAGUUAACGGUAAUUUUAUUUCCUGUAAUUGAAGUACUCAGUAACUGGCAACAUAAAUAUAUAGAUUUACAUAACUUGACGCAAUAAGAUCGUGGGAUUAUCUGUCACAUUUUUAGUGAGUUAAUAAGUAUAUGUAUCCAGUAUUUUUUCCGUUCAUUUAUUGGGGUGGGGUGCUGUAGAGAAGUGAAUAAUAUUCAUUGAAGAUUUCAGUUGAUGCCUUAACAUUCACUAUACUUGUAUUUUUCAUUCAUUAUCUUGGGAUGUACAACCUUGAUGUAUUUAUGGAAGACAGUUAUGUGGAUAACUUCACACUCUUCAAAUGAAAUGUCGAGUGAAAAUCACUUUCUUAAAUAAAGCAUUCAUUUACCAAAUGAACUUAAAAUGCCGGGCAUCACACACAUAUUGAACGGGUGGAUAACGUCACAUAUAGAAUCAUAUGACACUGACAAGGCUCUUCUAAGCUCUGCAUUUGAACGACAAUUGAGAACAUUGUAACAGUCAGAGAGGAUAACAUAUUCGAUUGUGAGCAGAUUUGGAUUAAUGUGAGACUAUUAAACGGGAGUGUCUCAUUUAAAGGUUACCAAGAGAAGUCAUAGAAGUUUGACCAUGCGCUUCCAACUAGUAAAGUCGAUUAUAAUUAACAGUAUUAGUAUUGAAUGUGUGCGUAUAAACCAUGUUCUACAUUUUAUUUUCGUAAUUUCUACAGAACUGAAUUAGAUUCAAACUGCGAAACAGAAUUCACCUCUGAGGUACCUAAAAGCGUCAUCACAAAUAUAUUAAAUGAUAAAUUAGAAGCAAUAUCACCAUCUGAUGAGUUCACAUUUAUGAGUAAUAAAAUUACUGAAUUGCGAAGUGAUGCGACUGAUGGAUCAUGAAAUCCACACAUAAACACUUACACUUUUUGUAUUUAGUAGAAAACUCAACAUCCAUAAAGUAUGCAGAAUUGAUAGCUCUUCUUUUAUGUUUCAAAUAUGUUCAAGUAUUUUACAUUGAUGUGUGUAUACAACGAGUCGUUGAAGAAAUACAAUAUAACCUGUCUUAUGAAUACACAGAUGCAUUGAGAGAAUCAUCUAAUAGCAUAUAUUUAUAUUUAUGUGGAUAUAUAACUCAAGCUUACAAAAAUAAAGUUUUAUCAACCUGAAAACCUACAUUUACCCCACAGGCCAAUAUAAUUUAAACUAGUAUCAUUCAGAAAUUUUGGAUUGAACUUUACGUCCAUAAUGUUUCUUGAUACUUUUUAAAUGUUUACCUUUAUGUAAAAUACCUAUUUUCUCUAGAUUCAUUGUUUUCUAUUCAUCAUAUUUCAUAUCGAAACUUGUUAUCUUAUUCACUCUAUCAAAACUGGUGUUUCAAAUAAAACAGGAAUUAUUCAGUGACUUUUUGUUAUCAUAGAUAGUUAAUCCAAGAAAGAAACGAAAUAACUUCAUAGAAACGUUACUUUACAAACAUUUGUGUAUCAUUAAUGUUUUUUCUUCUUUUAAAACGUGGGUAGUAAACCCAACAAG